UCAAUAGCUGAGCGAGUGAAAUGCAGCGACCGGGUGGCGAGUGAUCCCAGUCUGUUGACUCGCUUCUUUGUUCUAUCCUUUGCGGACCUCAAGUGCCACAGCUAUUACUACUGGUUCGCCUUUCCGUGUCCCUUGACGCCCACACUUAAGCUACAGGGAGCCGGUACGAGACUUAAAGAUCUGUCGAAUAGCAGCAAAUAUGUAGAAGCCCUGCAGACGCUUCCACCCGACGCGCAGAACUUCUUCAUCCUGUAUGCCAACGAUCAAGAGGAUGUCGUCGAGGCUCGAAACUUGAGUUCUCUGGAUGAGAAGGAGGUGGAACACUAUUACUUUGGUUUUGCCGAUCCCAGCGAGUACGAGCAUCCUGCUUGGUUGAUGCGGAACUAUGCCGCCUUUCUGCUGCAACGAUAUCCCAGUUUUAUUGGGAAAUCACUCAGGUUUCUGGGCCUACGUUACAAACAACAAAUGCAGAUGGACGACAGUCUGAUAUGGAAUGUAGUUCAAACCGAGGCCUGCGACUUAUACCAAACCGAAGAUGUGAAAUUUGUUGGCUGGGAAUUGAACAAAAACGGGAAAAUGGGUCCGCGAAUGGUUUGCAUGAGGGAUAGUAUGGAUCCAGCCAAACUGGCCGAGAACUCUGUAAACCUCAACUUGAAGUUGAUGAAGUGGCGCCUGGUGCCAGAUCUAAAUCUUGAGAUCAUCUCACAAACCAAAUGCCUUCUGUUUGGCGCUGGUACCUUGGGCUGUGCAGUAGCUCGCAAUCUUUUGUCUUGGGGCUUCAAACACAUAACUUUGCUGGAUAACGGAAAGGUGGGAUUUUCCAAUCCAGUCCACCAGAACCUCUAUACGCACGCAGACGCCGUGGCAGGCAAUCGGAUGAAGGCCACAACAGCCGCCUUAAGACUACGUGACUACGAGACCGUAGGGCAUGUGCUGGAGAUACCCAUGCCGGGCCACACCAUCGAGCAGAACUUGCUGCUGAUUGAGCAGCAAGUGCAGGCGCAUGACGUCAUCUUUCUGCUCACUGACUCGCGCGAGAGCCGCUGGCUACCUACACUGCUUGGAGCGGCGCAUGAGAAGAUUGUCAUCAAUGCGGCGCUGGGCUUCGACAGCUAUUUGGUGAUGCGGCAUGGCAGCAGCCGCGAUGUGGCCGGCGACAGUGGGAGGGAAAUCGUGGGACUAAAGUGCAUCAAUGGCAGUCAACUGGGAUGCUACUUUUGCAACGAUGUCACGGCGCCCGGCAAUGUAAGUGAACUUUGUUGACGUUUAACACAUUUAUU